AUGUUAUUAGGCAGGAUUGAUAAGGGAUUAAAAGGAUUAGUGGUUAUCACUAUGGAGCAUCACAAUCAAUUAUCAGAAGAUGUGGUCAUUGAUCAGCAGGUAGAGAAGCAAGUGGCAGAACAACUGACAGAAAUCGAAAUACUGGAUGAUCGAAAGAACAACAAGAGCCAACAAAAAGCAUUGGAAAAUAGGGAGGAAAAUGAUGUCGAGGAAGAAGAAUCUAUUGAAGAAACUAAGGCUGUGUCAAUUACAAUGGGAACUGCCAAAAAUGACAAUGGCGAGGUCACCAAUUUGAAAGAGUCAACGCAUGAUGAGAUCCAGGAAGAAGUUCAUGAAAAGGAAGUUGAUAAAGACCUUGACAUCAAUGAAGUUGUUAACAAUAAAGAGGUUGAAAAUAAUGCAAUUGCUAAUGAAGAAGUUGAAGAUAAUGACGAGGAUGAUGACGAUUUCGGUGAUUUUUCAGACGCUUCCUUCGAUGACUUCGAAGCCCCAGCUCCAGUAACAAUCCAGGCUCCUCCUGCCCCAGUAGAUCCAAACCAAACCCCUAUAAAUGACUACAUAAAGCUAACAGAGGAAACCUAUUCCAAUACGAAAACUCUUACUAUCUCCAUAGCAGGACUUCUCUCAAAAAUUUAUAUUAACAACCCAACCACCCUGGAAAGCAGCAAAACUCUUAAAAGUACCCCGACACCUGGGGACAUCAUGUCUCCUAGAUCCCAGGCAUUAUGGAAUGAAUUGAAAACCCUACCCAGGUUGAAUCCUCCUGAUUGGAAAAGAAGCUCCAUAAGAAGACACUUCUUGACUAGUAUUGGAGUGCCUAUUGAUUUAGAUGAAGUCUUGCCAGGAAGUAGUGUUGGAUCACCAAAUAUUAAUCCGCGGGCCUCUGCCACCAUGGAUACUGUGCUGGUCUCCGAUGGUAAUAGUAGUGAUGGUGUUAACAGCUGGAAAAUCCCGAAAAUUGAGUUUGCUAGUAGUUUGAGCAAGAAGUCGGGUUCUACGUCAAAAGUCACGCCCCCUAAGGUGGGACAUACUGAAAAUGAGGUGAAGAUUACUGGAGAGCAGCUAAAAGUGAUGAAAAAAGCCACCUCUACUAAAGAAAAAGCAAAAUUGGAUGAGCAGAUCACUGAGAAAGCAAAAUUGGAUACAGACGUUUCCGAGAAGGAUUCUGAGGUAAAUGAAACCUCUGAAAGUGAAGUUGCGGAAGCCGCAACCAAGAAAGAAGAAGAAGAAGAAGAAGAAUCAAAACAGAGAAAACCAGUGGAGAACACAGACAUCAAAAAUGAUUCACCAACUUCGGAUAAUGGCGAAGAGAAGGAAAAACUGAGAACACCAAAUGUCGAAAAACUGAAAGAAAUUAAUAACUUAGAACCUCUAGAUACCUCUGAUGGAGAUGUCACCACUGUGGAAGAAAAAAUCGAUCCAGUGGAACCCCGGGAAAUUGCAACUAAAGAAGAAGAAGCUGGUAACACAAUAUUAAUCAAUACCAUUAGCGACCUUCAUAUCGAGAAGCCUGAAUAUGAUGAGAUCGUCAGCAACACCAAUAAGACCUUGCAAGAAGUGGAAGAUAGUUUACAAUCAGUGACGUAUUACCAAACCUUACUCCACGAUAACAAGAUCGAAGAACUCGAGAAAGUAUUGCAGCACUUCAAGCAGCUUAGCGUUAAGAUGGAAAAGACGUUGUCUGUGUGGAAUGACAAACAUGAAGUAUUGAUCCAAGAUCAUGAAACUUUCGAAGCAGUGGUGGAAAAUAUGGUGGGAUAUACCCAGAAAUUGCGUCGGGCAGAAACUUUUAAGAAUAACGAGAAAGAAUUACGGAAGUUGAAGAAAAGGCCACUGGGAAUCAAGAAAACUGGAUUUUUCUGGAAUACCUGA